CUGGAGCGUCCCCUGCAGUCACCUGGCCACUGGCACCCUGGGGUGAAGGGGGAGGCAUUGGGCGCUGGCCCCUUAAGGGCCUCUGAUGAGCUAUAUUGGGCCCACCUGCCUGGGUUCCAGCAGCUUCCGCAGCCCCAGCAGGAGACGGAGGAUGCAAGAGGUCAUUGCGGGGCUAGAGCGGUUCACCUUUGCCUUCGAGAAGGAUGUCGAGAUGCAGAAGGGCACUGGGCUCCUGCCUUUCCAGGGCAUGGACAAGUCGGCCUCAGCUGUGUGCAACUUCUUCACUAAAGGGCUCUGUGAGAAAGGGAAACUCUGCCCCUUCCGACAUGACCGAGGGGAGAAGAUGGUGGUGUGCAAGCACUGGCUCCGGGGGCUCUGCAAGAAGGGUGAUCACUGCAAGUUCCUGCACCAGUAUGACCUCACCAGGAUGCCUGAGUGCUACUUCUACUCCAAGUUUGGUCCUCUGUGUAAAUACCGCCAUGUCCCCAGAAUAAUGUGUCUCAACUAUUUAGUCGGCUUCUGCCCCGAGGGACCCAAGUGCCAAUUUGCUCACCUUGCUCAACAGCCCGAAGAGAAACUUUUCCAAAUGCCCAGAACCUGCAACAGAACACAACAGUCAAACUCCAGCCUCACCUUUUUGUACAGCUCCCAAGAGCCUCAUUAGAGAGAAGUUGGAGGUUGUAAGUCCGGUAGGGGGUUCCAAACUCCUUAUAUGAGUUGAGCUUCGUUCCAACAAAGAAACUAUGGUUCCAAACAGAAGUCACUGUCAUUGUUUACCGAAACGUACCCCCUUCCCCAACAUCCAGUGCCGAAGGAUCCAUGGCUAAGCCUCAGGAAGAGCACAUUCUAAACAGGUGCAUUAAAGAUUUCUGCAUUGGACUGCAGCUAAGUGUUGAAAGUCAAAUCAAUUACAGGUUGAAAAAAUGUUUUUCAAAAGGCCAAGGGACCCCUGAAAAUCAGGGCGUCUACUUGUUUUUUGGUCUGCUGAGUACCCUGGCCAGGUGAUUGAUGCGCAUGUGCUUCAUGAAGUGAGUCUCUUACAUCAUCUUUUUGUUUUUGACACAGUCUCA